UCACCGCAUCCCACCGCUCCUCGACAUAAAUUGAACAAUUUCCGUGCCGCUCAACUAUUUUCCAGACCGGUUCAUCCGCCUCCCUCGUCGAGUCUUCGCCUCCUCCGGCUCGUCCAGUCCUCCUACUCGCCUCCAAGCACCCAGCUACGCCUUCAACAUGUCGGUGUCCAACCUGGAGAAGGUGAUGCAGGACUUGAUCUCGGUGUUCCACCAGUACGCCGGCAAGGAGGGCAACAAGUACACGCUGAGCAAGCGCGAGCUCAAGGACCUGGUGUCUAACGAGCUGGGCGGCUUCCUCAAGGGCAAGAAGGACCCCACCACCGUGGACAAGCUGCUCAAGGACCUGGACGCGGACGGCGACGGGGAGCUGGACUUCUCCGAGUUCGCCGCCAUGGUGGCCUCCUUCACCAUCGCGUGCAACGUCUACUUUGAGGACUACCUCAAGACCCAGGCCGCUGCCAAGUGAUGUGGCCUGACAACUGGGAGGGGUUGCUCCCCCACCUCUUCUCUCUCCCCCCCCCCCCACCCCCGCACCUCUUCUCUCCCCACCUCGUCUCGUACGGUUUGACCGGUGCGCCGCGCAUUUUUAAGAAAGCAGCGUAGUAAAACUCGUUGAGUGCGGAGAAGCCGAGUUGAAAAUAAAAUCCGCGAAACUGGCA